AUGGAACUGUUCUGCUUGGCGGAAUUUAUCAGAGGUGUAGAUGGCGAGCUUAUAUUUCUUUCAGCUCUUAAUAUUUUUCUUUCCAUUACUGCAUUUCUGGGGAACACUCUGAUCCUAGUUGCUCUACACAAGGAAACUUCACUUCAUCCGCCGUCCAAACUCCUGUAUCGUAACCUAGCGAUAACUGAUCUCUGUGUUGGCAUUAUUGUGGAGCCUUUGGCUGUGACAUAUUUGACUUCUGCUGUUAAAGAAAGAUGGGAUGUUUGUUAUUACUCACAUUUGGCAGAAGUUUUCUAAGGUCAUAUUUUGUGUGUAGUGUCUUUAGUAACACUGACUGCAAUAAGUGUGGACAGACUUCUCACCUUGUUGCUGGGGCUCAGAUACAGACAAGUUGUAACUUAUAGAAGAACAUGUAUAACUAAUUAA